GUUAGAGGUGUGUUCGGUAUUUGCGUGAGAUUAUUCGGAUAACAGGGUCGACGGUGGUUUAGUUAACUGUAGAAUUAAAAAAUAGUUUAAAUCAAAGUGUUUCACAUUUGGACAAGUUACCGUGUAACAUGUCUUCAGCCAGGUGACAUUAUUUCUCUCAGCGAAUUCUUCGAAUGCCACCAAACAGUGAGCAAGCAUACACCCAUCGAGAGCUCAAUGAGUAAUGAACCCAUUUUGGAGCAUGUCGACAAACGCUGGUCGUAAGAGAUCUGAUGGUGAUGAGCAGGGUGGCCAAGGGGAGCAGAGAUCCAGUCCAGCUCGUCCUCCGUUUGGUAAAAAGCAGCUUCCCUCCAUCCCAAAGAAUGCCGUCCCCAUCACUAAAGCCACCUCGCCGGCCUCCUCUACACAGUCUGCCAAUGGCACCCAUGCCUCAUAUGGCCCCUUUUACCUGGAGUACUCGCUGCUCGCCGAGUUCACAUUGGUGAUCAAGCAGAAGCUCCCUGGCAUCUAUGUACAGCCUUCAUACAGAUCAGCACUAAUGUGGUUUGGUGUAAUUUUCAUUCGACAUGGCUUGUACCAAGAUGGUGUGUUUAAGUUCACCGUCUACAUUCCUGAUAACUACCCAGAUGGAGACUGUCCUAGGGUUGUUUUCGACACCCCAGUUUUCCACCCGCUAGUGAACCCGGUCUCUGGAGAGCUGGAUGUGAGGAGAGCUUUCACCAAAUGGAGGCGAAACCAUAAUCAUAUCUGGCAGGUCCUUAUGUACGCCCGCACAAUCUUCUAUAAGAUCAACACCAUGGAUCCACUCAACCCAGAGGCUGCAGUGCUGUAUGACAAAGACAUCCAGCUCUUCAAAAGCAAGGUGGUAGACAGUGUCAAGCUAUGCAAUAGUCACCUGUUUGAUCAGCCCAAGAUAGAUGACCCUUAUGCAAUAAGCUUCUCUCCGUGGAAUCCAGUGGUGCAUGAAGAGGCAAAAGAGAAGAUGUUUGCACAUAAACGGCGGCCAGAGGAUUAUAACAAAGGACUGCCGGUGUCUGGGCUGUCUUGGGUGAAGCCUGGUUCCACUCAGCCCUUCAGCAAAGAGGACAACCCCCUUCAGACUUGAACAUUCAGCGCUUCAGUCUGUCCACCAGGAGGGGCGCUACACUACUGUGGCUGCGUCGAACCGCAUAUAUAGAAUACUGAUGCAGUUCUAUGAACUUCAUCUUCAUUCGCAAAACCCUCGCUCAGCUUUAAAAGAAAACCGUUUUAAACUGCUAUAAUGGCUUAAGAAUUAUAGACAUGUUCCCAGUAUAGAUCUAAAGACCCCACUCGUUCAUUUCAGUGCUGAGGCUUGAACGCACAGACAACACGGUGAUGGUUCUAGUCAGUACUGUUACUUGCACAUGUUAAUGUUUUCAGGCACUACAAACCACAUACAUUUGCCCCAUUAUUUUCUUUUCCCUACAAACUUGGUUAAUAAGUUAUAAUUUCAAACAUACAUUUGCAGACUGGGACAGAACGCUUUGAUUUUGCGUCUUGAUGUAUUUGGGUUGAGGUUGUUUUUUGUGCGUGUAAUAUCCUGUGUAUGAAAUGGUUUUAAUGUAAAAUACAGAGCAAGACAAAUACUAUUCAUUAAGACAC